AUGCAACCUUAUGGUCCACCUCAACAAAGGCAACAAUCUCAACCCGGAAUGUCACUACAAGAUUUCAUGAAGAUAAUAGUUGAGCAAAAUUCAGAAAUCAAGAAAUUAAUUGCAGAGUUGAGUCAGAGGGUGGAAAAGUUAGAGGCUAAGGAAUCAAAUAAACUGCCUGCACAAACAGUGAUCAACCCACGUAAUGUAAAUGGCAUUACUUUGAGAACGGGUAAGCAAGUAGAAGGCCAUGAAGGAGCCCAAGAGGAUGAAGAUAAGGAGAAAGAAGAAGCACUAAUUGAUGACAAUGGAGGACCAAUUGAACCAUCACAUGAGACUACCACUGAUAUAUCUAGGCGUAUUAGGGAUAAUGAGGUUGUGAAUUUUGGAAGAAAUGUGUCAAGUUUGAUUGAGAAGCAUAUUGAAAUACCACGAAAAUGCAGGGAUCCAGAUAUGUUUUUUGUUCCUUGUGUUAUUGGAAAUUCAAAGUUUGACAAUGUCAUGCUAGAUUUAGGGGCUUCCAUAAAUGUAAUGCCUUUAUCAGUGUUUACUUCUCUAUCUCUAGGACCACUAAAGACUACUGAUGUGGUCAUUCAACUGGUCAACCGUAGCACAGUUAACCCUGCAGGUAUGCUUGAGGACGUGCUUGUCCGAGUAGACAAGUUAAUUUUUCCUAUAGAUUUCUAUAUCUUGGAUAUGAAGGAUGAUGAAGGAGUCAGUCCAACAACUAUUAUCUUGGGAAGACCCUUCAUGAUGACAACACGAACCAAGAUAGAUAUGCAUGCAGAAUCAUUGACAAUGGAGAUAGGAGACGAGAAAAUGUGUUUCAACGUGUUGGAAGCUGGGAAGCACCCAAUUAAAGAUCAUUCUUUGUUUUGUAUUGAGUUAUUAAGUGAUGUUGUAAAUAAUUUUUUCUUUUAG